AUGCUGGACGUCGAAAACUACCACAAGGACUGCUACGACCACGAGCUGCAACACACCCUGCAUUUUAUAUCUGUUGCAUAUCUACUCCAUCUUGAGAUCGACCAUGAAGCGCACCGGAAAGAACAACCAAAGCAACAAGAAGAACCGUCGCAAGGUGCUUGUGGGGUACUCCCAAGCAAGUUCCAGUUGCUGCUGAAGCUCCUCCGAGAAGCCAGCUCCCAAGAAGGCUACCGUGAAGAAAGCAGCUGGGAAGAAGCAACUACCUUGAAGCCAACCGCGGUUACCCCUGUUGCAAAGGCCGACCCUGCUGACAAGGUUGACGUGGGAACGUUGCUACAAGACCCUGCCGUCAACAAGCUCCUCACCAUGCUAACCAACCAGCCUGGUCUGUUCACUCAGGUCGCCAAUUCAGCUGCUGCAGUCGCCGACACUUCAGCAGCAUCCAACAACGACGACUCGGUCUCCGAAACAGCGUCGUGGAAGUCGUCGCCGCCACUUCCAAGAAGGUCCCCAAGACAACUAGAGCUGGAACUGCCGUCGCGAUCAAACAAGAAAGCAAGCCUGCCGGAAUGA